AUGAAGACCUCCACGCAACUAGCCAUAUACCCAAUCCUGACUGUUCUACUUCUCUUCAUUCGACUGUUCACAAUUCUCCCUAGUUUGACACGGGAACCCAAACGUCCCAAGAGAACCCGCUCCACCGCGAAACUUGCAGUAUUUUUGGGCUCUGGAAAUGAAGCUCUGAAUCUACUUUCCGCAGUUGAUUUCGACCGUUACACGCCGAGGGUGUACGUCGUUAGUGAAGGAGAUACGCUUAGUGUUCAGAAAGCUCGAGAUCUGGAAUUCACCAGGGGUCAGCGUCAGAAGAAUCAAUUCACCAUCCUGGUUGUACCAAGGGCAAGAAGGGUUCAUCAAUCACUUUACACAACACCGUUCACCGCAUUCCUCUCUUUGCUCAAGUGUCUUUAUCAUGUUACACUAUUACCAGUCCUCACAAGUAAUCCUUUCGCCGACGUACUGAUUGUAAACGGUCCCGGAACUUGUUUCAUCCUCUGUCUUGCGGUUGUUGUGAAUAAGCUUCUCGCACUCGAAGCUCCCCGAGUGAUCUAUGUUGAAUCAUUCGCAAGAGUCAAGUCGUUCUCAAUUUCAGGGAAACUACUCCGAUAUCUUGCGGAUAGGUUUGUCGUGCAAUGGCCUUCGUUACUCAAAGAUGGGAAAAGAGGAGAAUGCCUAGGUUGGCUCGUGUAA